ACCUACUACCCGGCCCGGGUACGUGACUAUCUAUGGAGUCUUUACAACUGUUACGUGUGUUGUACAUUUUCACAAUUCUAGGGAUUGUUAAUGGAGCGUGGGAUGUCUGUACUGUAACCUGUGGUGGUGGUACUCAAACUAAGUUGUGUGCUACACCACCAUGCCCGAUUCGAUCAUGUAUGACAAUCGAUUGUCCGCUUGAGAUAGAUUAUAAGCACGUAGGAUGCUGGAAAGAAACAACUCAAGUCACGUUAUUAGAAGGAGGCGGUAAUCCAUAUCUGGAUCCUACUGAUCAAGUCAGGAGUUGUGCAAGGGCAGCAUAUGAUGAAGGAUACACGUAUUUUGUGUUUCUUGACGGCAAGUGUCAUGCUGCAUCAACGCCCGAUGACUACAAUGGCAGUGGGACAUCUGGCGGUUGCCGAUUUGGAAAGGGAACAUUAAACAAGAUGGACGUAUACAGGAUUGAUGAUUGGGAGUGUCCGACUGGUUCUGAUUAUGGAUUUUGUAGAUUGUCACAUGUUCGAACGCCUAUCUCAGGUCGUGUCUGUACCCAUGCGGACGAUUGUUUCGAGGUGGGCGGGGAGCCGCUUGAUCCAGUUAUUAUUUGCUGUAAAAAAAUGUUCUGCAAAGACGUAUGUGGACAAAAAAUCGUUCACCGCAACUGCUGGUGUGACGACAAGUGCAUAGAACAUGGCGAUUGCUGCCCAGAGUAUAUGGACGAUUGCUCAGGUAAAGACACGUGCAGUGGUGUCGGAGAUCCGCAUUAUACGUCUUUCGACAACAAAUAUUACCACUUCCAGGGGAAAUGUGAAUACACAUUGUUAAAUACUCAAUGUCCACUUUCACCCUAUGAUUUUCAAAUUAUUGGUAAGAAUCAACCAUGGGGCGCAUCUGCUGCAACCACGACGAAGGAGGUCAGGCUGCUGUGUAAGGAGUAUAAUAUACUCUUGAAACAAGGAAAGCAAAUAAUAGUUAAUGGUGUCGUGGUCUUGCCACCUGUCACCUUGUCACCUCACACAACAAUAACAUUAGCUGGAUCUUAUUUGAUCGUAACAACUGGUUAUGGAAUACGAGUUAGAUGGGACGGAGUAUACAGAGUUUACGUAGAUGUAUCAAGUGCGCAUAGUGGGAAAGUGUGCGGUCUAUGCGGAAACUUUAAUGGUAAUAUUGGAGACGAGUUUAUACAGCCAGAUGGUACCCAGUUUUCUCAGAUGUGUCCUUCUCGACAGCUGACCCAUCUGACAAAUCAUGUCUCUCUAUGCACUGGUACAUUUGGUCAGCUCUUCUAA